CCUCGUUCCGCGUGAUUGCACUGAGUCCUGCGUCUGCCCGUCAUGCUGCGAACGCGCCUCCUCCUCUGCCGGCCAUUACUCGCGCGUGGAUACGCGUCCGCAGUGUCUCCGAGGACCCUCGUAUUGCUCGAACACCGUGGCGGAAGUCUGGAAUCGGGUUCUUUAUCCGCCCUAACGGCAGCUAGCCAGUUGGGCGGGGAGGUGACCGGUCUUGUGUUCGGCAGUCCUGAAGAGGUCCCGAAGAUCGUCGAGGAGGCGAAGAAGCUGAAGGGCUUGAACGCCGUCUGGCAUUCCGCUUCCCCGCAAUAUGCGCAAGCGAUCCCGGAGCUCGUGUCCCCUCUCCUGCAGAAGGUUCUCUCCGACUCCAACCCCUUCACCCACGUUGUCGCCUCCCACUCCUCGUCAGCGCGCUCUAUCCUGCCGCGUGUAGCCGCCAAGCUCGACGUGCAGGCAGUAUCCGACAUCACCUCCCUCGAGCAUGACGCCUCCUCCAACGCCACCACCUUCCAGCGCCCCAUCUACGCCGGCAAUGCUAUCGCGACCGUCCGCGCACCCUCAUCUAUCCCCGUCAAGAUCUUCACCGUCCGGUCGACGGCAUUCCCCGCUGCCGUGACUGAGGAUGGUGCCGCAGUGGAGGACAAGGCGAUCGACCCUGUGGAGGUGUCAGAUGCGCCGACAGAGCACCUCAAGACGACGAUUACCAAGUCUGACCGUCCCGACUUGAGCACCGCGAGCCGUGUCGUUUCUGGAGGUCGUGCGUUGAAGAAUGCGGAGACGUUCGAGAAGACCAUCUACCCCCUGGCCGAUGCGCUCGGUGCCGCCGUCGGCGCCUCGCGCGCGGCUGUGGACGCCGGAUACGUCGACAACUCCUUGCAAGUCGGGCAGACCGGCAAGGUCGUCGCGCCGGAGCUGUACAUGGCUGUCGGCAUUUCGGGCGCCAUUCAGCACUUGGCGGGCAUGAAGGACUCAAAGAUGAUUGUUGCGAUCAACAAGGAUCCCGAUGCGCCCAUCUUCCAGGUUGCAGACGCGGGCCUUGUGGCGGAUCUAUACGAAGCCGUACCCGAGCUGGUGCAGAAGUUGAAGCAGUAAUACGCGUUUUCCUCUGAGUUCCAGCCAAUGUAUAAUGCGUGCACGUCUCUGAUAAUGUGUUUGCAUGUCCUGACAUUCCGCAUGCAAGACCAGAGAUACUCUUGCCAAGUCCGC